CGUCCUGGGACGUUCCCACCUGCGCCUAGGCGCGCGCGGUCGGGAGCAUCCCCAGGCCUCCGGCCACCCCUUACUGUCCCAGCCUCCAACUCCACCUCCCCUCCCCCUAAUCUCCUCCCUCCGCUCCGGUGACUGCAAGCCCGGCGACGGGGCCGGAGUCGUCGCAGCCACCUCAUUGCACAACCCGGCUUCCCAACUGUUUACACAGCCCGGGCUGUGAGUGUGUGUGUGUAUACAGCGUGAGUCACCGGGAGGCGGAGGAGGUGGAGGAAAAGGAGAAGGAGUGCACUGGCCGAGAUCAGUGCGGCGCACACACUCACAUUCAGUCACUCACUCUCUCUCUCUCUCUCUGAGCGCGUCUCGCUCGCUCACACGCCUGGAGCCCAGGAGCGCGCAGGAUCCCAAGCGGCGCGGAAAAGUUGCACCGGCUUUUACUCAGGACUAAUUGCUUUGGGAAGUGCGUUUACUCGGUGAAGCCAACGAGCCUGCGGAAUCCUGUCCUAGAGGCUCAGCACCCGGGAACUCGGGCAGCCUCCACGUCCCGGACUAUCCAUAGCCUCGGCAACAAUAGCGGCGGCCACCGCCAGCGAAGCGCCCAGAACUGGUGCCUGUGAGGGUCUGGGGACCUUAGCCGGCCUCCCACCCUUGGACGCGUGGCCAGCGUGGUUCUCUUGUACAACGCCAGCGUCCAGGAACGGCUCUCGUUUUGCUCCUCUUGGGGACCGAUCCAAGCUCUAUCUGCAAACUCCAUCCCGCGGACUGGAAGAAGUCGCAGCGCGGAUCCAGGGAUUUACAAAGCCGGGGCCGCUCCGGCCUGGGCCGCGAUGCGGGUCGGUCCCGUGCGUUUUGCCCUGAGUGGCGCCUCGCAGCCCCGCGGUCCGGCUUUACUGUUCCCGGCUGCCCGGGGCACCCCGGCCAAACGCCUGCUGGACACGGACGACGCGGCAGCGGUGGCGGCCAAGUGUCCGCGCCUCUCUGAGUGCUCGAGUCCCCCUGACUACCUCAGUCCCCCUGGCUCGCCCUGCAGCCCUCAGCCUCCGCCCUCCGCGCAGGGGACCGGCGGCAGCUGUGUGAGCGCACCGGGGCCCAGCCGGAUCGCCGACUACCUGCUGCUACCCCUAGCUGAGCGCGACCAUGUGUCCCGGGCACUGUGCAUCCACACCGGCCGCGAGCUGCGCUGCAAGGUGUUUCCCAUUAAACACUACCAGGACAAAAUCAGGCCUUACAUCCAGCUGCCGUCCCAUAGAAACAUUACUGGCAUCGUGGAAGUCAUCCUUGGGGAGAGCAAGGCCUACGUCUUCUUCGAGAAGGACUUUGGGGACAUGCACUCCUAUGUGCGAAGCCGGAAAAGGCUUCGGGAAGAGGAGGCCGCCCGCCUCUUCCAGCAGAUUGUCUCCGCCGUCGCCCAUUGCCACCAGUCAGCCGUUGUGCUGGGGGACCUGAAGCUCAGGAAAUUCGUCUUCUCCACGGAGGAGAGAACCCAGCUUAGACUGGAAAGCCUGGAAGAUACACACAUCAUUAAGGGUGAGGAUGAUACGCUGUCAGAUAAACAUGGCUGCCCAGCCUACGUGAGCCCCGAGAUUCUCAACACUACUGGGACCUACUCCGGAAAGGCAGCGGACGUUUGGAGCCUUGGGGUGAUGCUCUACACGCUUUUGGUCGGACGAUACCCUUUUCAUGACUCAGACCCGAGUGCCCUUUUCUCCAAAAUCCGCCGUGGACAGUUCUGCAUUCCUGAGCAUGUCUCUCCCAAAGCCAGAUGCCUCAUCCGCAGCCUCUUGAGGCGAGAACCUUCUGAGAGACUCACAGCUCCCGAGAUCUUACUCCAUCCCUGGUUUGAAUAUGUCUUGGAACCAGGGUAUGUUGACUCAGAAAUAGGAACUUCAGACCAGAUUGUUCCCGAGUACCGGGAGGACAAUGACAUUAGUUCCUUCUUCUGCUAAUCCCAAAAAAACCUCAGAAACCUCAUAAUUCUCACACAUGGCAUUUCUAAUGGUAGGCAGGCCCUCUUACAUGGUGCCAGCGAGAUUUGGGGACGGAGCACCAUUGUCCCUGUCGGGGCUCAAGUGUGGUGCCACCUCUCUGGGCUGAGUGACUUGAUUUGACCAGCAUGCACUCAGAUUAGCUGCUCGAUGGAGGAGGUGUCAUCCCCUUUUCAAUGAACCAUCGUGACUGUCCUGGUGUCAGAUGCAAGGGCGCCACAUGGCUUUGAAGCUAACAGGCACCCCAUGUGGUCAGGUGUAGUGAACUUGAACAUCUGAAUGGGAAGGAAGCACUUCGCACAGUGGCAUUUGAACAAGGUGGCAAUCGGUUGGAGCGACAAACCUGUCAUCUUUGGACUUGUCUUUGAAGGCUCCCCUUGCUGCUGCAGUUUCUCCUACCAGAAGUUUCUUUUCUUUUUUUUUUUUUUUAAAGCCUUACUCUCGCUGCAUUCUCACCCAUGACUUUGUUCCAGCAUUGGAACAGACCGUGAGGAAACCGAGAGCCUGCCCGAACCCAGACUCUCCCCCCAGAGCCAAGAUCUCCUAUGCAAUAAUGUCCCCCGCCUUCCCCACCUUGGGACCUGUCCCCUGCAGCUAUGAAAAGCGGUCACAGCUUUUUGUGGAAAAUAUUGGGAGAUUGAAAUUCUUGGCUGUUUCAGAACUCUUGAGCUCAGUUAGACAGCAGCAAUGUUUUUAAAGAAAUUCAUUUGAUCAUGUGGAAUCCGUUAGCUCUUAGGGCUCCCCUCAAACAUGGCAGCAUUUAGCCAGUGCCCCCGACGCCCACCCCUAGGACCAUCUCUGGGUGGAACAUUUUGUGUAUGUGGACAAGGGGGAGGAGACUCUCCAACCUGCUCUCUCAGGAGCAUGUGCGAACCGUCUUUGUGCUUCAGAGAAAGUGAGUUUGAGACAGUCUUGGAAGAUUCUCAGACUAAUUUCCAGAAGGAAACUGGAUGCUGCCCUCCCAUGGGUUUACUGUGCCUCUGGCAUCCAGGGUCUUCAGUUUCCCAUGCUGGGCUCUUUGGGGUUCAUGUGUUGUGUUGCUUGUGACCCCAUCUUUGAAGCCGCCUCUGGAGUGAUGGCGAGAACCUUGAAAAAUGUAGCUGGAAAGAGCUUUAAAACUCAUCCGAUGCAGGUUCUCUCUCCUCUCUGCCUACCAGAGAUCCCCUGCUUCACCUUCCCCAGGUGGGGACCUAGCCUCUGCCUGAAUGCUUCUGGAGAUGGAAACGUUUUCCCUACAGGAAAUGAAGCUUCUCAGAGAAACUGCCAAAAGUUGCAUUAAAAAAAAAAAAAAAAAAGUACAGAUGAAAUAGCUUUCACUGUCUGGGACAGUGCUGAAACCAGGUGGUUAAACGGGUAACAGAAAUACUGUAUUCUGAGAAAUGGCACAGAAGCCGGCAGGCAUCUUUAAGGGCUAUGCCUAGGCAGACUACUAACAUUGAGAGAAUGCCGUGUAUACCUCACGUACUGUGUGCUUUCUAUUUGUAUAUACAUUUUACCUUUUAUACAUAUGUCCGAUUGUCGUCAUUUGGCUCUGAGGCUUGUUUUGUCGUCUGUGUCUGUCUGAGGAACCUGUGUGUCCAGAGCCACGUGAAAUGUGAAUGAUUGUUGGCAAUAGAAUCCUGAGAGGAUGCUGGGACUUGGGGAAGGAGCUGGGACAGGCCUCUGUUGGUACCGCCCAGCUCUUGUAUCUAUGAUACAUUCCCUGACUGAGGAUUCGGGGCUGGCCUGGGCAUUCGCCUGGACAGCUGGAAACACUAGGUCUCCUGUGCGUGUGUGGAAAGAUAGUAGUGGCACAUUGUUGCUAACUUGUAGAGAACUUGUAAUAAAUAUGGUUUCGUAAAGAAAUAUGAUCUGGAAGAG